CUGCGGAGGUAGGAUGAUCAAUAGUUUUUGGUGAUCACUCGUAGCGGGUGCAGCGAAGGUUGUGCGGUUCUUGCUGUGUUCUCUGCUCAUCUGCCUUUGACAAGUUAGACCGGUUAGUGGAGUUUUGACUCGAGUAAGUCACUGGAAUGAAGCGAACAUUCGUGUUAUUUCUUUCGGUGUUGCUGUUCGCCGUAGCGACCAAAGCCGACGAGGGUGAUCUAGACGACCUUAUCGAUAGCCUAUUUACCAAAUCACCAAGCCAAAUUGGUAUCAGUGCAGGAACUACACCAGCUCCGGCUCCGGCUCCCGUUCCACCUCCUGUUGGAUCCCAGGAAGUUUGCGAACCUGGCCAACGGUGUGUUCAAAAAUAUCUUUGCACAAAUGCCAGCACAUCUGGCGAAGGACUGAUCGACAUCCGUUUCAACGAUGACAACCCAUGUGUACACUAUCUUGUGCAGUGUUGUCACGAAGAGGAUAUUAUCCAGGCUCCUCCGACACCACCCACACCAAAACCGCCUGUAGAUCCCGUUUCGAUCAAUCCAGUUUGCGGUAAGCGCAACACCGAAGGUAUCGGAUUUCGUGUUACCGGUCAGAAAGACGGCGAGUCUGAGUACGGUGAAUUUCCUUGGAUGUUGGCACUUUUGAGACAAGAAAUUGCUUUCGAAACAGUUGUAAAUGUCUUUUUAUGUGGCGCGUCAUUGAUUCACCCGAAGGUUGCUCUAACAGCUGCUCACUGCUUACACAAUAGAUCACCUUCUCAGCUGAAAGUCCGUGCAGGCGAAUGGGACACUCAAACAACGAACGAAAUUCAUCCACAUCAAGAUCGCUCGGUAGUGGAACUGGUCACACAUCCGGAUUACUACAAAGGCGGACUAUAUAAUGAUAUUGCUCUAUUAUUCCUGGACUCUCCAUUUAGUUUGAAUGAAGCAAUCCAAACAAUUUGUUUGCCACCACAAAACGCGAAGUUUGAUCGCCAGAGAUGUUUUGCCUCUGGUUGGGGGAAAGAUGUGUAUGGAAAACCGGGAAGUUAUCAAGUUAUUUUGAAGAAGAUCGAUCUACCAAUCGUUCCAUCUGCGCAGUGCCAAACGGCUCUGAGAACAACAAGAUUGGGUUCAAGGUUUAUAUUGCAUGAAAGCUUCCUCUGUGCCGGUGGAGAAAAGGGAAAGGAUACCUGCAAAGGAGACGGUGGCUCUCCGUUGGUAUGUCCCAUUCAGGGUUCUCAUGAACACUACUACCAGGCUGGUUUGGUGGCGUACGGAAUCGGUUGCGGUGAAAACCAGAUCCCGGGAGUGUACGCAGAUGUUGCCCAUUUCAGAAACUGGAUCGAUCAGCACAUGCAGAGUCAUCAACUGGACGUUAGCAGCUAUACACCAUAAGCCUCAAGCCAUGACCGCAUAAAAUCACGUAAAGAAGUAACGAAUGAUUUAGUUGUUAGUUAAAAUAAAGACGAGUUAACUUUUUUAA